GAAACAAAACGCUGCUCUUGGCAUGUGUGUUCAGAAAAUCCUGGCAAAGUAUGGGCUUAUCUCUACCUAUGUUUAAAAUGUGAACUUCUACAUUUGACUGCUGAAUACCAUCUAUAAGUCAUACACUGGUUCAAGAGUCAUGGAUCUUACUUUGUGGCAGUACCAGUUUCGAAUCAUCAUGCUAGGAGACUCCACAGUGGGCAAGUCAUCCAUGCUGAAGCGCUACACAGAGGACCUGUUUCUGGAGUGCAUAAACCAGACCAUCGGUGUAGACUUCUAUGUACACUUCCUAGAGGUGGAGCCUGGUGUGAGAGUGAAACUUCAGUUCUGGGAUACAGCUGGUCAGGAGAGGUUUAGGUCUGUGACCCGCUCCUACUACCGUAACUCAGUUGGAGGUCUGCUGGUGUUUGACCUGGGCAACCGCGCCUCUUUUGAGCAUGUGCGGCAGUGGCAUGCAGAGGUGUGUGAGCGAGUACAACCAUACACUGUGCUCUUUGUUCUGGUGGGACACAAGAGUGACCGACUUCAGGCUGGAGAGCGGGAGGUGGACCAAACUGAGGCUGAAAUACUUGCAAGCCAGUUAGGAGCACCAUACAUUGAGGCCUCGGCCAAAACAGGUCACAAUGUGAAGGAAGCAUUUGACCUGUUGACCCGGCGAAUUUAUCAGGGCUUCAAAAGUGGAGAGGUGGAGUUGCGUGAGGGAUGGGACGGUGUCAAGAGCUCAGCUCCUGCUAAAGCAAUGCUACAGAAAACCCAGAACAAUGAACCUACUGAGAAAAGCAAGAGCUGUGCCUGCUAACUCACAAAAUGUAGCUAUUACUGCCUUAACUAGAACUGUCUUAUAACACUCAUUGUUAGAGCAGGAUGGACAAGUCUGACUCAUACAAGCAGGUCUCAAACCUUUAAGAUUUAAGACAAUGUGCUCAUAAGUAGAACAGUCAAGUCUUUCCAUAUAGCAUGUAUCAUAAUUGCAUCUCUACACAAGAUUUCAACAUAUGCAAACCACAUUUGAAAUAACAUCACAAUUUAUCCUCCAAAUAUUUGUUCAUAUUUCUUAAUUUAAAAGUAGGUGUAGUCCAUUGUUGUGGUGUCAUUGGUAGUAUUGCAUCAACUGUUGAUAUAAAGUGAUGUUUGUUUUCCACUAGUGCCUGGGUCCAUAGUUUCACAAAUAUGAAUGUAUUGUUGGUGAGUCAGAAAGGGUACCAUUAAUGCAGACAUCUGGAAAGAAUUCAUAAUUGCCUAACAUUCUGAAACAGGUAUCUGAGAGUUAAUCCUAUACAUUUGUAAAGGACUCACUAAAACUGUCAUAUAAAGGGUGUUUACAUAUUUAGAGCUGCCUUUCAGUCCAGACAUAUUGUAGUAACUUUUC